UUGAGCAUGGAAGUGUUGAACGUUAAACCAGAUCAGAAUGGACAGAGCAGGCAGAACAACAAAAUGCAGAUUGCAGAAGGAAUGUAAUUACUGUGGGCUGACACUCAUCAGGGGGAGCAGCCUACGUAUUUGUACUUUUGUAGAAUUUCGAAUAGUUCCCUCGCAUUUUGAGAGGCGUUAAAUCACAAGAUUAUUGUGCAACCACAAAGAAAGAGUGACAAAGAACGGGAUUCGCUGGAUAUAUUAUACGGACAAAGGAAAGCUGUAUUCUAACAAUUGAUUGUAAACAACCGAACUACUACAAUUGGGAACAUUUGAAAUGGUUUCAAGUUAUUUUUCCUUCAGAGCGUUUAUUGGUUUCCGUGUUCCAGAAAUGUAAUGCAACGUAGCCUACUCUACAAUUAUAAAGGAAUUCACUUUACAGUGACAUCCGAGACGAUUUGUUAUUCUAUUCGGAGUCAAAAGAAAGAGAAAAUAAUAGAAAAAGACAUUACCUAUCGAUUGAGAUAAAACUGGAAUGAAUAUCCUGCAAGGAGACAGGAAGAUUUUAACAAUAUGGGAAAAAGGAGCCUUCCCUGAACUGUAAAAAUGUAUCCAUCACACAGAGAAAGGGAACAACCCAUCUUCAGUGCCAGAGCACACGUCUUCCAGAUAGACCCGGCCACCAAGAGGAACUGGCUCCCUGCCAGCAAGCAUGCAGUCAGCGUCUCCUUCUUCUAUGAUGCCAACCGGACUGUGUAUCGCAUCAUCAGUGUGGGGGGCACCAAGGCCAUCAUCAAUAGCACCAUCACCCCCAACAUGACAUUCACCAAAACAUCCCAGAAGUUUGGCCAGUGGGCUGACAGCCGUGCCAACACCGUGUACGGACUGGGCUUUGCCACCGAGCAACAGCUUCAGCAGUUUUCAGACCAGUUCAAGGAAGUGAAGGAGGCAGCACGUCUUGCCAGGGAGAAAUUCCAGGAGAAAUUUGAACUGAUCAACCCUACGCUAAAUAUCGCUGCCCCUCAGAUCUCUCAGGAGCUGUCAGAGGACCGCCACUUGCCGCCGCUGCUGACUGUCAAUGGGCCCGAGGACAAGCUGUUCCGCAGCAAGAGCGCCGACAUGGAGCAGCUGACGUCAGAGAAGGAGCGCAUCAAGAAGAUGCUGUCUGAAGGGUCCAUAUGUGAGAUUAACCUGGAGGCAGAGCUGUUCACCCUGCAGGAUAGCAACGCUAAGCUAGUGGCGGCGCUUCACGAGGCUAACACUGGUGUGGUGGAGUGGAAGAAACAGCUGGCUGAGUAUCAGGAAGAGACUGAGAGGCUCCGAGAUCAGGUGGCAGAGCUGGAGGCUCAGAGUGGACUGCCUGGUCCCAGUGGGUCUGAGACGAGGGAUGAGCUGACCCAGUCAUUGGAGGAGCUGGAAGCCUUGCUCAAAGCAAAAGACGAGAUCAUCCACAAUCUACAUAGCAGGAAAUCAGAUAUCCAUGAGUUGGAGAAAGAGAGAGAAGAGGCUGUUCAGAGACUUCAGGAUCUGGAGACACGAAACGCAGAACUGGAGCAACAGGUGGAGAGCGCCGAGCAGACUCUAGCUUCCACUCUGGAGGAGCGGGAACGGGCGGAGAGUGAGGUUCAGCGGGUCGUCAACGUCCUUGAAGUCAAGAUAUACGACCUGAAUGACCUGCGACAGAGCUUGGCCAAGCUCAUCAGCAAAUAGCGCACCACAUUGACAGAAGUUUUGAGGGCGAUGGACAAGGAAGGAAAAUGAAGCUCUUUCAGAACAAUGUUUUCUUAAGCACAUAACUGCAGUGAAUGAGAGUAGCACCUUGACUUCACCUGUUGCAGCUGUACAUAAGAACCAGUUAUAUUGUUAGGUGGGAGGCUGGGAGCAUAACCCACAGGGUCAGUUUUUCUAUUUAAAUGUUGUUCUGUUGACCUUUACACCAUUUUCAUGUAAAUGUAGUUAGGUUAUGUUUCUGUCAACCUCCUUUUAUAGAGGUUCUUGAACUUCAAACGUAGUUGAAUUGAAUCUGGGGUUGCACUUAAAUGUAGGUGCCUAAUUAUUGUUUACGUUUGUCAAUAUUAUGAAUGAUUAAUAAGUUAACUUCUAUUGUCUUCUGUAUUGUAUUACAUCAACAGUUGCCAUAAUAAUGAUUUGGUGAUCCUACAGAGCCGUUACUGCAGAAUGAUGAGCUGCAGAGGACUUAUCACCAAAACUGCAUGAACUCAGCAAAGAACCUUGCCAAGUACAGUAAUGUGAGUUAUGCGCAUUAUCCAAUGUGCAAUCGUUUACAAAUAGAUUUAUUAAAAGCACAAGUAGUGUUAUUAGUAAAUAUGUCCUGUACUUGAUUCAAUAUAUAUAGCUAACUUGGUAUCUGAACUUUCACUGAUGCACACCAGGUGAUUUUCUUCUGACCUCGACUUUGAGGCAUUUUUUUCUUGGUAUUAAGUACAAAUAAGGUGUUGAAUUAGCAAUAGUAUUUUUUGGCAAGUACUCUGUAGGUAAUGUAGCAUCACCAAAGCAUAUUCUUGUUAAUUUAUACAAACUGCAAUUGUAUUCUGUUGAACAAUGUGGUUUCUCAUUUUGCUUCAAAUGCACAUUGACUACCUAGAAGUGUUACUAUCAAUUUUAAUCGAACAAUUGAUGUGAGGAUAAUCGGUAAGAUUCACCUGCUCUGUGUACGUCAUGAUGCCUAUAUUCUUCGUUUUUGGAACAUGGUCGUUUUACAUUUUACUAGCCCAUCUCUAACCUUCUGGAGAAAACUGUGGCCAUAAAAUGUUUUUUAACAAUAGAAAAUGCAGUACCAAAGAUGCACUUACUUUUCUUACCCACGUAUCACACUCGUUCUGUACUGACUGGACUGCACAAUACAUUUAAGAUAAUGAAAAAAUUAAAAUAACUUGAAUUGCCUA